AUGAACUCAGCAGUAAAACCGCAAAAAAGAAAUCACAGACAGCGUGCCCAUUCCAACCCCUUUUCAGACCACAACAUUUCCUAUCCUUUGAAUCCUUCGUUCUUUGAUACUCCCGUGGAUAUGGUGGACAUUGGCUGCGGGUACGGUGGCCUUCUUUUCAAGCUCUCUGAGCUGUACAGUAACGACCAUAUCCUAGGCAUGGAGAUACGAGAGAAGCUAGUGGACUACGUAGAUCUAAAGAUAAAGUUUGAGCAGGAAACAAUGAACAAAAGCACAAAUGUAUCGGUGGUAAGAGCCAACAGCAUGAAGUUCCUGACCAACUACAUCGAGAAAGAGUCGCUUAAAAAGAUGUUCAUUCUCUUCCCGGAUCCACACUUUAAAAAAAAGAAGCACAAGGCGAGAAUAGUAUCAAAGUCUAUGCUGGAUAUAUACCAAUACGUAAUAAAGCCAGAUGGCCGCCUGUACAUCUCAACAGAUGUAGAAGAGCUGUUCAGCUAUAUGUGCCAGUGCAUAGAAGAGCACCCUUUGUUCAGCAGACUAACUGAAGAAGAAGCACAAAAAGACAUUCUGUACGAGGUGAUAAUAGAGACAACAGAAGAGUCAAAGAAAGCGGAUAUAAAACACUCAAAUAAGUACAGAGCAAUAUUCAAAAGAUUGCCAUAG